AUGACUCCGCGUACUCUCUACCUCAUCGCGUCUCGGAAUGCAGCUGCGCAACGGGCGCAUUUUGCCGUCUUCGUACCUGGUGCGGAUAACCCCGAGCAAGGAACACUGAUCGAAGCAGUGGGCGCGCCGAUGGCUGGCUACGCGCUGGAAUUCAAGCGCAACUACUGCCCCUUGCAAGAUUACGUCGAGAAUUACGAGAUCCUCCGCAUCGGAGACGUCGAUUCGCGACAUAUCGUUGACGAUCAGACGGGGAUCAAGAGCAUUGAUCAAGAUCCCCGGGAUGACAUUGAACUCGUGGCCUCGCAAAUCCCCACCCCGGGGAUUAGCGAGAACUUUUUGGCGCCAGUGAAUGAGACUCGUCAGACGAUGCUGAUGCGUGAGGUUCUGAAUCCACAGUUCUCCAACAAACGAGAUCAGGAAUGGACUUUGGAAUAUAUUCGCGGGCUCGUGGGGAAACGCUUACUCAAUCCAGAGGCCGUCCUAGUCGUGCAUUCAAAGAGAGAUCCACCAACUCACGGGCUGGGAUUUCAGCCGAGUGUUCGUCGCUCAAGCUAG